CAUUAGUUCUCCUUGCUUUGUAAAGCCCCAAUAAAAUUUUUGCAAAAUUUGAGGAUUUAUUUUUAUUGCAAUGGUUUCAAUGCUGUAAAAGGAUCAGAACGGUAUUAAAGAUCUAUGGAGAAGGAAAGCCACUCUCCCAGGAGUAAUAUAAUGACUCAAGACAACCAAGGAAAUAACCCUGUUCCUCCAGCAGAUUUCUCUGUGAAGCGGACACGGGGUCGUCCAAGAAAGUAUCCAAGACUACAUCUAAAUCACACAGAGAAUGCUCAUGAUCUGAGGAUUCAGAAUCAGAAUCAAGAAGAAAAUGCCCGUUGUCCGCCUGGAUUUGAUGUGGUGAACAGCAAUCAAAACAAUAAUGGAACUCCAGGCAAUAAUGCAAAUGAUAUGAUGGUGGGUCAGGUAGUUAAUGGUGUUAUUGAGGCAGCAAUUGAUGCAGGAUAUCUACUCACUGUUAGGGUUGGAAACUCAAAAACUGCUUUGAGGGGUGUUGUCUUCAAGCCUGGACAUGUUGUACCUGUCUCAGCAGAAAAUGAUGUAGCCCCAAAUGUUCCAAUGAUCAGAAGAAAUGUUAUUCCUUUUCUAAAAGAGAGGAAUGGGCAGCAUGUCAAGUCUAAAAGAAACAGAAGUCCUCAACCAUUAACUGAACUGCAACUUGCCAACAAUUUCCCUCGAGCUGCACAGGGUGCUGUUAAUUUUGGAGUGUCAAAAGGCAAACAGGUACACUCAGUAACAACCCAUACUGCUAGUCCAACAAUCUCGAGGGGUACUCUGGUGCCUGUUGUGCUCCAACCUGUUAAGUUGCCGAAUGGUGGAUCAAUAAUCAACCAACCAGUUCAAGUUAUGAGCCAACCUCCCCAUUUGGUAGCCUCUAGAAGCAAAAAGUUGUCAGAAGCUGUGCAUGCAACCAGUGGGGCAACAACUACUGGACAGAUGACAACUGUUGGAAACCAAAGUUUCCCUGCUCCACCUCAAAAUGACCACCAGCUGUUGCCAAAAGGAAUGCAAAGUGAAGCUGGUACUUGUGAUCAACCCCCAGUGGAGGUGUCAGUGGAGGCAGAAGCUGAGUCUAUGAGAUCACCUGGUAUGCCGUUUGAGAAACUUUUAACUGAAGUCAUGAAAAGAGUUCGGGCCUCCUCACAGCCAGUUGAGGCUCACGCUGGUAAUUUAUCUGGGAAAGAUCCUGUUCACAGCCUCGAAGACAAUAAGCCUCUCUCUAUCAAACCACUGCAAGCUGUACAGCAUGACUACUCUGUCCCUGCAUUCAAACCUUUGGAGAAUUAUAAAUUCGGCAAGAUGACUGAGCUUUUGCAGGCUGUGCAGGAAAACAUGAGGGAGAACCAGACAGCCCAGGCCACCUCAGCAGCCUGUGUUCCAAGAGAAACUGCACUUGCAGAGAAUUGAUCCCAAGAAACCUUCCAAGGCAUAAAGCAUCUGAUUUGACUGUGACCAUUACCGGCAGUCCUAUCCUUUUAAUUCUCUUGUUGUAGAAAACAAUCAUGGAGAAGUUUUGUGAUCCUAAAAUAGGCCAGGUGAACCAGAAAAUUGCCUCUUAAAGGUUGUAAAGAGGUUUCUGUUGACAAUGUGUCAGCUUUUAGUCAGACCUCGAGCAAUAGAACAUUUUACUUGUGUAGGAGAUAGAACCAAGCCAUUUCAGGCUUCAGCACAUAUAGGACUGGACGAAAGAGAAACUAGCUUUUACAGCCUCAUCUUCAUAAGUGGUAUAACUGAAGUUAAU